AUGUCAAAGAGACAAACAAGAUCAAGUGAUAAAAAGGCAAAGGUUGCUGAAGAAGCCGCUCCAUUAACUAAUCCAGAAAGUGCCGGUUCAACAGGUUUAGAAUCAGUUUUAACAGAUGAUGAAACUUCUCGUCAAGAAGGUGAUGAAGAUAGUGAAAGACCAGCACCAAUUCGUAGAAGUUCAUCAUUAUUUUCAUUAGAUCUUGAUUCAACAGCUCCAUUAGAUCCACCAGAUGAUGAAGAUAUUAAAAAAUUUACAAGUGAUGAUAUUCAUUUUAGUAUGAUUAGAAAUUUACAUUUAGCAGAUUUUAUAACAAUGUUGAAUGGUUUCAGUGGAUUUUAUUCAAUUAUUUCAUGUUUAAGAUUUACUUCAACAAAUUUACCACAUUAUGUUCAAAGAGCACAUUUUUUCAUUUUAUUAGGAUUAUUUUUUGAUUUCUUUGAUGGUAGAGUUGCAAGAUUAAGAAAUAGAUCAAGUUUAUUAGGUCAAGAAUUAGAUUCAUUAGCUGAUUUAAUUUCAUUUGGUGUUGCACCAGCAUCAAUUGCAUUUGCAAUUGGAUUCCAAAGUACUAUUGAUGUUUUAAUUUUAUCAUUUUUUGUAUUAUGUGGUUUAACAAGAUUAGCAAGAUUUAAUGUUACUGUUACAACAAUUCCAAAAGAUUUAACAGGUAAAUCAAAAUAUUUUGAAGGAUUGCCAAUUCCAACUUCAUUAUUUAUUGUUGGAUUAAUGGCAUUUUGGGUUCAUAAAGAUUGGAUUCAAGAUUCUUUACCAUUAGGAACUGUUUUCACAAAUACAUUUUUUGAAUUUCAUCCAAUUGUUUUAAUUUUUGGAAUUCAUGGUUCUGCAUUAAUUUCUAAAUCAUUAAAAAUUCCAAAACCAUGA